GGCCUACCGCGGCCGCGAGAGCUCCCCAGCUCCCUUUGCAUCCGCCGCUGCUGUUGCUACCGCCGCCGCGGGCCCCGCUGCCGCCCCCAGCUGCGGCGGCGGGCGGAUGGUAGCCCCGCUUGACGACUACGUGCCCCUGGAGCCUGAUGGCGGCAGCCGCACCCUGGACAGCGUGUCGGUGCGGGGGGCGGGCGAGCCGGGGGUGUUCAGCGGGCUGUGGUUCACGCUGGUGGCGGUGGCGGGCACGGAGGAGGAGGCGGCGGCAACACGGCUGGUCAGGCAGGGUGGCGGCAUGAUUAUGUCUGCCUCCACGGAACGCAGCGUGCGCGACCCGCAGCGCCGCUUCGCAGUCUGCCC